UUCCCACAGACGUCUUUAAGAUAGCUGGACAUUUAUAAAACCUUUCCACACCAUUUUCUUCAAUUCAAAUCCUCUCAAAACCCAGAACUUCAUCUUAAACAAACCAGAAAAAAGAAAAAAUGGGAGAAAUAGCUGAAUCAUGUUAUAGUGAUCAGGAGUUAUCUCUCCACCACUAUUCCAACACUGUCCGAAGUCCUUUGUCGCCGCCUUUACAUGUUAUCACCAUCCUAGGCGGUGACAAGGGCAGUGGCGACUCCACGAGGGAGACGAUGGCAAAUAGAGAAACGCAAGCAGGCCAUUCCAUUGACGAUUGGCUUCCCAUCACAGAAUCAAGAAAUGGAAACAUUUUCACUUCUGUAUUUCAUUUGGUUUCUUCAGGAAUUGGGACCCAAGGACUUGUAAUUCCUCUAGCAUUUUCCAAGCUUGGAUGGUCAUGGGGAAUCAUAUGUUUCUGGAUUGCAUUUGCAUGGCAAAUCUAUACAAGAUGGAUUCUAGUGCAACUUCACGAGGUGGUUCCUGGAUCCCGCUGCAGUAGAUAUCUUCUACUUGCUAUCUCAGCCUUUGGUCCAAAGUUAGGGAAAUUACUUGCAAUAUUUCCAAUGGCCUACCUAUCAGGAGGCACAUGUGUGAUACUCAUAAUCACUGGUGGAAAGACUUUGGAGCUUUUCUCUCACACUAUGUGUGGAAGUGAUGCCACGUGUGCUGCCAAGUCAUUGAGUGGGAUAGUGUGGUUUUUGGUGUUCACUUGCGUGGCAAUAGCGUUUGCUACUCUACGACCUAACUUGAAUUCUGUUGCUGGGAUUUCUAUGCUUGGUGCAAUCACAGCCGUUGGAUAUUAUACUCUGAUUUGGGUAUCUACCAUAUCUAAAGGUAGACCUAAUGAUGUGUCUCAUGUCCCACUGCAAGGAGAGAAAUCUCACAUGGAAAAAUUUAGUGGUAUUCUGACUGCACUUGGACUUCUUGCUUUUUCCUUUAGGGGACACAAUCUUGUGCUUGAGAUUCAGGGAACUUUGCCUUCAACAUCAGAAAAUCCAUCAAGUAAACCAAUGUGGAGAGGAGUUCUAAUAUCACACCUCACAAUAGCCAUAUGCUUUUUUCCUCUAGCAAUAGUAGGAUUUUGGGCUUAUGGAAAUAAGAUACCUAACCUAUUUGGAAAUGCAACCAUAUCUCUGCAAUUCUACAGCCAAAAGGCCUCUAAAGUUAUAAAGGGUAUAAUAUACAUGUUAGUAGUAGUGAACUGCUUGUGUUUAUUCCAAAUCUAUGCAAUGCCAGUUUUUGACAAUUUAGAGUUGCGAUACGUUAGCAUUAAAAAAGGCCGGUGCUCACGAUGGGUUCGGUCGGGUUUGCGCGUGUUAUUCGGAGGAUUUGUAUUCUUUAUGGCAAUUACUUUUCCAUUUUUGCCAAGCCUAGCAGCUUUAAUUGGAGGAGCAGCAUUACCUCUAACUUUUGUUUAUCCUUGCUUUAUGUGGAUUUCAAUCAAGAAACCUCAGAGAAAUGGUCCCAUGUGGUGUCUUAAUUUAGGGCUUGGGUGCUUAGGCUUGCUUUUGAGUGCUUUAGUAGUAACUGCUGCAAUAUGGAAUUUAGUCACCAGAGGGUUAAAAGCCAAUUUCUACAACCCUUAGUGAUCAUGUAGCCCAAAGUAAUGAGACAUACAAUUCAUAUUACAAGUUACAAGGAAUUUUUUGUGUUCCCACAUUAGAUAUCUUUGAAAGCUAGUUAGGGUAUCAUAUCAUAGUCUAACCAAGGCUUUUACAAUGGAAAAUUUGGGACUUUUGAUAAUUCAAAACCAGG